UCCGAACCAAAAGAGCACUCUGGACGGGCUUCCUUGGCCGAACAACAAUCACCAAUGGCAGUGGCGAAUCUGCAGAGACUGUCCUCGCAAGUGCACCGCCUCCCCUCCGUCUCGUUCUUCUCCAAAUCCCUGAUCUCCCGCACCUCCACCUCUUCCUCCUCCACGAAGAAGGUCGCGGACCGCAUCGUGCGGCUGUCGGCGAUCGACUUCGCGGGUAAGAAGCACGAGGUGGUGGGCCUGGCCGGUCAGACCCUGCUGAAGGCGCUGAUAAACACGGGCCUGGUCGACCCGGAGUCCCACCGCCUGGAGGAGAUCGACGCCUGCGCGGCCCACUGCGAGGUCAACAUCGCGCAGGAGUGGCUCGACAAGCUACCCCCUCGCUCCUACGACGAGGAGUACGUCCUCGUUCGCAAUUCCCGAGCAAGGGUCCUCAACAAACACUCCAGGCUCGGAUGCCAAGUUCUCCUCGACCACGACCUCGAAGGUAUGGUCGUUGCCCUCCCCGAACCUAGGCCCUGGGACACUUCCUAAGUCCGAACCUAAACCAAGUGUUUAUUUUCUUUUUUUGGCUCAAUAAUGUGAUCCAUGAACCUUUGGAAGCAUAGCGGAACUCGGUGAACCUUGUAUUGGUUUCUUCCUGUUGUUAUAUUUUGGGUGGUUUUAGACUCUUGUGCCGGUAAUUGGCUCGCUAUGGAUAAUUAUUUGCAAUCUUGUGCUUUAUUAUUAUGAUUAUGAUUAAUAACAUUGUUAUAUUAAGGUCUUGCUUUCA